CUCAGUUAUCAUCAGCAUCUGCCCAUCUCGCCGAUACGCCGCGCCGCGCCUCCAACCCGAUAUACCCUCCCGAGUCGAGUACUUCACCAUCUCGAGAUCCCCGCGCCAUCGACUCCACGCUCAGCCAUGUCCAUCUCGCAUCCCACACCUCCUCUCCUCCUCACAAAGCGCCUCACGGCCUUUCUUCACGCCAACCAGACGGCCCAGCUGCCCACGCUGCUCCUCACGUCCCCUCACGGGAAGCUCCUCGCCCACGCGAGCCACCAGCCAGUCUCGGUUCUCCGAACCCACGCCACCGUCGCCGCAUCCCUCCUCGCCAUUCACUCCACCUCGGCGCCCGCCCUCGCGUCCGCCCUGCCCGGCUCCCGCACCCCCGAUCCCAUCGGCAGCUCCCCGCCCGACGAGGACGACGAAGACGAUACCGACCGGCUCUCGCAGAGCCAGCAGCUAGAGUCGCAUCCUUCAGCUAGGGGAAGGGGCAUCAAGCCCGCCACAGUCACUGUUCAGCUAACGAGCGGCACCGUUGUUAUCCGCCGGUUGAAGUGCGGUCUCCUCUUUGUCUGCGUCGGGCCCGCUAGCCCGGACGUGGCAGAGCACGCGGUGCCGCAUAUCGAUCACGUUCAAGUCCCCGCAGGCGAGGCAUCACAUGUGGGAAGCCCAGACGGAGCCGACAGCAUCCUCAGCACAGGCGCGCAGACGACGGCCAGCCUCGAAAGCACUAUCGGCACAGCAGCCGUGGUGGCUGCUCUCCGCCGCCAUGCUGCCGAGCUUGCGCGGUGGCUCGAUGAUAAGCUUGGAACGCUCACCGUACCAGAAGAAGGCGUUGGCGUUGAGUGA